AUGCCUUACAUCUCAGACUCCCUGUAUCGGAGAGAAUAUCGUGAUAUCCUUAUCAUGCGAAUCGUCGACUGCGAUCUAGACACCUCCGGCUCGUGGGAGACUGGAGAUAGGAUUGGUACUCUUUUUUGUAUAUGCAGAUCGGAAAAAAGGGGUCUGCUUAACGACGGCUCUAGGAAAUUUGUUCCUGGCCUGAAAUAUCUGGCACGUAUAGUCUUCCCAGCGCAGAACCACGUGGCAGCCCUAUGCACCAGUCCCAGGCCUGAAGCGCUCCAGCCCGAGGCAAUCGGCCAUCUCUCCCAAGGCCAGUGUUUCGCAGGCCGUUAUGUGAAUGGAGCGUUCGGCGUAGCUGUCGGAUACAACUUCUCCAACUUCGACACCGCCUUGGCGCAGUUUGAGAUCAUAGCUUGCAAUAUCAUCCAUCGUCCACUCACUAUUCAAGUGAUGCAGCUCCAGCGGGUGGAACCACCGCUAAAAUUAUCAGCAUUAUGUGCGGACAUGUACACCUUCGGAAACCCCACGGCCGUUGGUUUCGGUGCGAAAUAUUGGUUUGUGGAUGCACCGCUCGCUGCCUCUCUUAUUACUCGCUUCAUCACCAUGCUGCUCGGCGGCAAUCCUUCUCAUGGACUUCCUCGGAUUCCGCCUCUGAAGAGACUCACUCGGGCGCCUUUCUCCGAGCUCUCUACCGCGGAACCAGGCAGCCCAGGUCGCUACUUACUCGGCAUGCUGUUAUGCUUUUUGAUACAAGCAUCGUUUACCAUUCAUUGCUGGACCUGA